AUGGCACCUCCCUCGUCUCCUACUGACCACCACAUCGUGGCUCUGCAGGGCGAUUUUAUCAGAAUCCCCAAGUUCGAACUACCCGCUCCUUAUACUCACACCACAAAAGUCUACGGGCUGACAUCGCUCUCCGAACUUCAUGAACGGAUACACGAUGCCUCUAUCUUAGUUCUAUCGGCGCUGCGAAUCGAUGCAGAGGCACUGUCUCCCGAGGUGACACCAUACCUGAAACUGAUCGUGAUAGUCGCCGCAGGCAGCGACUGCGUGGAUCUCGAAGCAUGCAGAAAGAGGGGCAUUACUGUGAGCAACUGUCCCGCAGCAAACACCGAGGCUGUUUCCGAGCAUGCAAUUGGACUAUACUUCUCUGUACGCCGUAGAGUCCUGCGCGCGCACACAUUGACCCGCGCGGGCGAAUGGACCCGGAAAAAGACCCUCGUCUUCGAUUGUGUGAAUCACGACGGAACGCAACCCCUGACCUGCCAGGAGGAGGUGGCCGGAAUUAUCGGAAAUGGCGCUGUCGGCCGCAAAGCACUCGGUGAUGGUAGCACACCGACUCAUGCUGGUGACGGUGAAGAGAGAGUUUCUUUCGCCGAAGUGAUUAAGCGGAGCACGGUGAUUUUCAUUGCAGUUCCCCUUGCUCCUUCGACGCGGAAUCUGCUAUCAGCUACAGAAUUCGAAGCCAUGUCGCCUCAUGCGGUCUUGGUCAAUGUCUCGAGGGGAGGAGUGGUGGAUGAAGUGGCACUUGUCCGAGCAUUGCAGGAGAACCGCAUCACCGGUGCUGCAACCGAUGUGUUCGAAAAAGAACCUGCCGGACCGGAAAACUGUGCUCUGCUGGGUGAAGGGACCGAGGAUCUGAACCUGGUUCUUACACCUCAUAUUGCAUGGGCCACGCAGAAGACGUUGAUCAACUAUGAGCGGAAAUUGAAGGAGACCGUCGAGAAGUGGAUGGUGGGGGAAUUCAUGAAUGUAGUGACAUGA